AUGUCGUCACAGACUGCCCCAGCCCCCGUCGCAUCGGACACGCGCCAGCGCACGGCGCCGGCUCAGAAGCAGCCCCAGCCUGUCCGCUGGAACCGCCUCGUCUUCCACUCGCUCGCCUCGGCGUACAUGCUCGCAUCGUACUUUAGCCUGGGCAAGGCCAUGGCCAAUGUCCCCGUGACAAAGGAGAUGUACGGCGGCGACUUGAGGUUCCUUACCAUCAUCGCGUUCAUCGUGACCACUGCCACCAUGGUGCUGUCGGCGCUCAGGGACCUCGCGCCAGAUGAGAUGCUCAUCUACGUCCUGAAGCGUAUGUUCGCCCUCAUCGCGCUCCCUAUUGAGAUUACCGUGUCUGCCAUCUACUGGCCGCUCGUCAUCUGCGCCCCGCAUCUCAUGCUCCCACCCAAGGCCGUGGAGGGUGCCGCGACUAAUGCCCUUGGCAUGGACCCCUCCGCUGCCCUUCUUUGGAUCCCUCUCUGGAUCGACCUUGGACUUCACUUCGUCCCCGCCGUGACGCUCAUUAUCGAUUUCUUCUACCUCGAGGUCAAGUACGUCCCUCCUACGUCGACCCGCAUUGUCAUGAUCCUCGGCCUCUUCUGUGGCAUUGGCUACGCCGCCUGGGUCGAGUACACUGCGAUGAUCAACGGCGUCUUCCCUUACCCUUUCCUGGACUUGAUGGAGCCCGAGGAGCGUCUCUACACGUACAUGGGAGGCGCUACCUUUGCAGUUGUGGUCUUCUGGAUCCUCAACGCCCUUCACAAGUAG